AUGUUAGAUAAGCAAAUAUUUGAACCAACAAAUCCUCCAACUAAACUUCAUUGGACUUGUAACAAUCAAGAAAUUACUCCAGGUGAUAAUAUAAGAAUUACAACAUCUGAAGAUGGUGAAUUUAGUUAUCUUGAAGUUUUUGAAUCUAGUUUCACAAAUGCAGGUGAUUAUGAAGCGAAAGCUGGAACAACUAUUACUCGAACCAGUGUUAAAAUUGAAGCUCCAGUUAAUUCAUUGAACGGAAUGAUAGAUGAAAUUGAUGAGGAAAUGUCAGAUGAAUUUUCUACUCAAGAUGUUGACCAAGUAAUAAACGGCACUGAUGGAGGCAUCAUACCUAAAGCUGUUGGAUUAGCACCAUCAUUCACUAUCCAUCCAAUUAGUCAAACUGUUAAAGAUGGAGAUACGGUAUGUUUAGAGUGUUCGGUAUCAGGGGAUCCUAUUCCAGAAGCCGAAUGGUAUUAUAAUGAUGGUCCUAUUCAAGCUGGACAUAUAUUUUCUCAAGAUAACGAAAUUAUAAAGCUUGAAUUACAAGCUCUAUUACCCGAAGAUACUGGUACUUAUGAAUGUCGCGCAACAAGUUCAAUGGGUAAAGCAUCGACUGUAGCAUUCCUUGUUGUUGAAGCUGAAAAUGAAGAGAUGAAAGGACCAAAAUUCCUAACUUUCCCACAAUCACGUAGUGCUGAGGAGAAUGAAACCGUUACUUUUAAAUGUUCCUUUGGUAAUUCACCAGUUAACGAAGUUUCUUGGUUUCGCAACAAUACUCCGUUGGAUUCUAAGUAUUUUGAUUUUGAUGUAUCUGCUCAGACAAGUAUGUGCAUUCUUCCAUCAGUGAAAACAUUGAAAGAUUCUGGAAUUUACUCAGUAGAAAUCAAAGAUGUUGAUGGUAACUCAUUUGUAUGUAAAUUUUACCUACAAGUAUUACCAUCUUUAUUGAGGAACGAUAGUAAUUCAGUUGAAGCGAUUUAAAAUUACAUAUUUUUGUACAGGAACACUUACUUGUCCUAACGCGAAUCAUGACCAAUGACUUCAACUACCAUUUAGUGACAAUCUUAUUAUCUCAAAAAGCUAUCAAUGGAAAAUACUUUUUGUGCACAAAUCAGGUACAAAGUCUCACGUUUUAUGAAUUAUCAACAUUCAUUGACACUUAUACUUUCUCAAAAUAUUAGUGAUGAAUAGAAACCUUUUAUUCCCCUUGAUUAUUCUGACAAGAAAUGCUUUUGCCCAUUUUUUUUCUCAACACAUUCAAAAAACAUUCAAAAGUAUCAGUGUAAAAAUGAUGCCAAUCAGAGAAACAUAUUUUUUGAAGUAAUAUAAACUCUAACCAGCGAAAAAUAUCCUAUGAAAAAAAAAACUCUCAAAAGAAAGAUACACUUCGUUUCGUUUUAGUUUAUGUGACAAUUUUCUAGUCAUUUUCGAUGGCUAUACAUACUUGUAUGUAAUAUGAGAUGAGAUAAUAAUAUUUAAAAAGACUUAUAGGAUAAGUUAGGGAAUGCAAUUGAAAUUCAACUUUUGACUGCUCACUUAUGUAUUCUGUGACUUAAACAAUUAUUACUACAACUUUUGAUUUUUAAUCGCUUUUUCUUUCUCCUGUUUCGUUUGUGAACAUUUUCAACAUCAUUUAGAUGUUUGUGCAAAAAAAAGUCGAGAGAAUAACAAUUAUACACAUGUGUGCAUACUGUUAUUUAUUACUAUUUAUCUUCAUUAUCAUCACUUUUAAAUCCGAUUCAAAAUUCAAACAUUUUAACUUGAUUUUUUUUUGGACAAGAUUCUUUUAUGCUUCCACCCAUUUUUUGUUUUGUUUUGUUUUAGUUUACUCAUUCAUUCGCUUAAUAGAAUGAUUUCUUGUUUACAUAGAUGUGUACGUACGUUGAUUCCUUUACACUUUUCAUUCCCAUGAAUAUUCUUCUACUGGAAUUGAAGUAACCUAUUUCCUUUGAUCAAUUAACAAAAAAUCUGCUUUUUACUGAUAUUUUAUUUAAGUAUUCAUAAUAAUUCACUGUUUUAUAUAUGAUAAAGAAAAACAAAUCACAAAUUAAACUUCUUCUUCACAAAAACCUUUUACUAGUAGUAAAACGAUUUUCAUAAUGGCUUAUUAAUUGACUUCUCAAUUUAAACUUUACGCUGUCGAAUAAAUCGUUUGAUCGCAGAAAAAACAAAACAAAAUUAUUUUAUUUCUAAAUUGUAUGUACGUACACAUACUUGUGCUCAUUUAUCAAAUUACCUCUUUUCAAAUAUUAUUUUCUUUCGUAUCUCAUUUGUUUGCCCUGUUCUAUUGAUAACGAUUCACACAAAUUCAUCCCAAAAAAUGUAUUCACAUUUGGAGAAAUCAUCAUUAUACGUGUUGUUUUUGAAAAAAAGGCUUCGUUGUAAGUAAAGAGAAGAAAACUGUUUAUGUAAAAUCUUACGAUUUUUCACAAUCAUCAAACCCUUUUUUUGCUUUACGACAGAUAAGAAUAAGAAUAUAAAUGUGAACAACAACUAAUGUGAUCAUUUCAAGUGUUAUUUCAAUUCUCUUUGAACAUUUUUCUUAAUGAAUCACUUAGCCUACGAGCAGAUUUAUUUAUUGACACAAUUCUAAAUCUCUUCAUUGUUCUCUUCCUACAUAUUAUACACGAAACAAAUUGAUAUUAAUAAUAAUGAUAACAAUACUUGUUAUUUCUGAUUAUCUUAUCCUAUCCUAUUCAUUCUUCUUCAACAAUAAUAAUAAUAAUCUCACUUUCUUAUAUGUGCUAUUUUUGGCCAGUUUAAAAAAAAACAAGUCAAAUUUAAUUUUUUUUCUCAUCUAUGUAGUCAGUUUGGUUUUACCAUGCUCUUUCGCCAAUUUUAUUCUCUUCCUCUUGUUGUCAUUCUUUUUCACAUUGUUACAUGUUUUUUUCUUGAAUAACUAUUUGUUUCUUUCAAUGGAACUGAUCACUUUUUCUUUGACCGAACCCUUUAUUAAAUUAUCAUUAUUUACUUACACUUACAACAAAUUAUGUCCUAUAUGAGAAAAACAAAGAAUGUUUUGAAAAGUAAAGUUUGAAAAAUGA